AUGUCAGGCCACGGCCAACCUCACGAGAAAGACCCUCGUUGGUCUGCAGUUGACACCUACUCGCUUGGCCACCUGCACCCUUCUUCGCGCACCACGCCCUCAAAUGACGUGCUCGAGCACGCACUCUCGAACUCGGAGAAGCAAGGCCUUCCCGAUAUAGCCGUGUCGCCUUCGCAAGGCAAAUACCUCCAGCUGCAGGCGCGCCUGCUCAGAGCAAAGAAUGUCCUCGAAGUCGGCACACUGGGUGGUUACUCAACCAUCUGGCUUGCAAACGCAAGUCCUGAUGUGAAGGUUAUAAGUGUCGAGGUAGACGAACACCAUGCCAAGGUUGCGCGAUCGAACAUCGAGCAUGCCGGAGUGGCGGAUAGAGUGGAUGUGCGUCUUGGUCCUGGAGUCGAAGUCUUGCCAAAGAUAGUAGAUGAGGUCAAGGAAGGAAAGCUGGGCAAGUUCCAGCUCGUCUUCAUUGACGCGGACAAGGAGAACAACUGGAGCUAUGUCGACACCGCCAUCCAGCUUUGCGAACCUGGAUCGUGUAUCAUUGUAGACAAUGUCGUAAGGCAAGGCCGGCUUGCGAACGAUACGGACGAUCCAAGGAUCGUUGGAGCGCGGCGUGUCGUCGAGAACGUGGGCAAUGACGAUAGACUCGACGGCGUUGUGAUCCAGACGGUCGGGGAUAAGAAUUAUGAUGGUUUCCUGAUCGCUAUCGUAAAAUGA